AUGUAUAAGGGUGCUAUGGAAUAUAGUAAAAGUCUAACACUAAUAAAUAUAUUUGUGUCAAAAAAUAAGAUUUAAUUUGAAAAUGAAUUAUAGACAAGAAUUAGAAGUUAUUUAGAGUAUAUUUGGUAAGAGAAAUAAAACAUGAACGAUGAAGAAGUAUCAUAAUUAAUAUGUAAAUUGAAUAGUAAUUUAUAAGAGGAAUUAUAAUAUCAGUUAAGAGGAAAAUUUUAAGCAGUUAUAAAGUGAUGAUAAAGAAAUUUUCAAGAAAAAUGAUAUAAUAAUUAUUAGGAUAGAUAUUAAAUAAAUUAGAUGAUUCUUCAUUAUAUAUUAUUACAAAAGGAGAAGUAAAAUUAUAUUUGAAAGGUUUUAAUAAUUUAAAUGAAAGAGUUAAAAGGAAUAGUUUUAAAUUUCUUUAUUAAGGAGAUUAUUUUGGAGAAUUUUUAUUUUUUUACAGGUUAACCUUAUAAAGCAACUGUAAUAUCUAGUGCAUUUAGAAAAGAAUUAAAAAUAAAUAAUUAAAAUAAACACUAUUACACAUACUUUAAGUUUUUUGUUAUAGUUGUUAAAGUAAUUAAAAUUUAAUAAAAAAAUAUCAUUAUUUACAUUAUUUUCUUGAUAAAGUAAGGAAUUAUAUCCUCAUGAUUAACCAAGAAAUAAAAAAAUAAGUAGAUAAGAGAUAUAAUAAGAAUAAUCAUAUUUAGAAAGUAAAGGAACAGAUAUUGAAGGUUAUGAAUAACAUUCUAUUUCGAUGA